AUGGUAAUGCGUCUCAUAUUUUUCUCACAGUUUUGUUUUCUUCUGUUAAUUUCUUGUAUCAGUUGUGAAGAUUUCUACCGCUUGCUUGGGAUAUCUCGGGAAGCUGAUAAUAGAGCAAUUAGAAGAGCUUUCAAGAAGCUAGUUCUGGUCAAACAUCCAGAUAAAAAUCCUAAUGAUAAAAAUGCACAUAAAGAAUUCAUGAAGCUUUAUCGUGCUUAUGAAGUGUUAAUGGAUGAAGAAAUGCGAAAAAUAUAUGAUCAGCAUGGUGAAAAAGGUUUAAACGAUAACUUUAAAGAAAACCAUCAGUACCAGCCGUGGCAAUUUUAUAAAGAUAACUUUGGUAUAUACGAUGAGGAUAGAGAAAUAAUAACAUUAUCACGAUCGGAUUUCGAAAGGACAGUCUCUGAAACGAAUGAAAUAUGGUUCAUCAAUUUCUAUUCUACAUUUUGUUCACACUGUCACCAGCUAGCACCUACCUGGCGAAAAUUUGCUCAAGAAAUGGAAGAUGUUCUGCGGAUAGGUGCUGUAAAUUGUGCUGAAGAUCCUAUGCUUUGCCAUUCAGAAGGUGUGACGGGUUACCCAAGUUUGGUAAUUUAUCCUCAUCGUCAUUUUUUCCACGGACAACGACAACUGAAUCAGAUAGUAACAUUUGCCAUGAAAUACGUUACUGGUAUUGUACUGCAGUUGAUGGAUUCCGACACUGACUUAUUUAAGCUCAAAGAAAGUAGGAAAGAUGCACAUGGAUGGUUACUGGAUUUUUGUGAACGUCGGAGUAGUGAUUGUUUAUCGGAAUUGAACAGGAAAAAACUUGCAGCAAAUUUGCAUGGUCUUGUAAACGUUGCGAAAAUUGAUUGCGACGAAUCAGUGAAAUUGUGCACAUUGUUUAACCGCAGAAAUGGAGUGGUGUAUUUCCGACCUGAUGAUGGAAGAGAACCCGAUGAUGCGCGGGAGAUUAAUAGUCUUGACUUCAAAGAAAUAGCGGCUGCCGUUUUGACAUAUGUUCCUGAUAUACCUUAUAUUGAUAAAUCAUUGGAGAAAAUUGUUGAAGCUCAAAUUCGCGACCAUUCAUUUCUGGUUAGAUUUAGUUCGGGUGAAGUAGAUAGCAAUAUUCAUUUGAAAAAACUAUCAACGAAAAUGAUAACUGGGGAAAUUAAAGUGUAUUUUGCUGAUUGUUCCAAAGCAAGGGUUAUAUGUGAGAACUUGAAGCUGAAUAAACUUCCAAAAUGGGUUCUGUUCAAAAAACAAGGAAGCUAUGAAAUAUAUCAUGGCAAGAUGGAAACGGUGCAUGAUAUUGCCCUAUUUGCUAUGGAAAGUCAUUCUUCACCACUUGUUACUCUUACGCCCGAAACCUAUAAAUCUGCUAUCGAUUCCGGUGAUGAAUGGCUCAUCGAUUACUAUGCUCCAUGGUGUCCACCUUGUUUACGUUUGCUCAACGAGUUAAGAAGACUGCAUAACUAUGUGAAAAAUAUAAAAAUUGGGACUAUUGAUUGCGAUCAACAUGGUGACAUUUGUAGAAAAACGAAUACUAAUGCUUACCCCAAUAUAGUGUGGCACAGCGGUGGUAGGUCUUUUGCUCGUGCAGGCUAUUUGGAUGUUAUUACAAUAGCGGAAUUUAUUGAAGAUACACGUAAUCCAAUAGUGGUCGAUUUAUCGCCAUCGGAUUUCAAUCGACUGGUUUCGGAUGGAAGACAAAGUACUAUUUGGCUGGUUGAUUUUUAUACGCCAUGGUGCGGGCCUUGUAAUCAGUUAGCACCUGAGUACAAGAAGCUCGCUCGAAAUAUGCGCAUGAAGGAAAUCGUUCAUUUUGGAAUGGUCAAUUGUGAUCAUCAUCGCCAGCUGUGCAUGAAUUUAGGUGUUCAAAGUUAUCCAACCAUCCGACUAUAUUCCUCUGCUUCUUACACCGUAGAUUAUCCUUCAAACUGGUGGCGUGAUCACCGCUCGAUGGAAGUAUGGCUAAGAAAUUAUUUGCCAUCAAAAGUUAUAAGUAUGGGAAACGAUUUCUUUGUGAAGGUAUUGGAAGAUGAUGAACCAUGGCUAGUCGACUUUUUUGUCACUUGGUGCUCACACUGCAUUGAAUUUGCACCUGUUUUUGAGCGUGUUGCUGAGGUUUUGCACGGUCGUGUGAAACUUGCAAAAGUCGAUUGUGGACUAUGGCCAAAUGUUUGUCGGAAUGUUGGCGUGGCCAUUUACCCUACUGUUCGAUUUUAUGGUGGCUCACGAAAUAGUCAUAUUCAGACAGCUAGUGGAACUUCUAUUGAAUCUCAAAACGCAGAUAAUAUUGUGUAUCAAACUGAGAAAGAACUGGUUAAAAUAAAUCGUCUUUAUAAGACUGAAUUAUAA